AUGGCCUCAGACAUACCGGGAUCGGUGACGUUGCCUGUCGCCCCCAUGGCGGCCACUGGACAGGUGAGGAUGGCAGGGGCCAUGCCUGCCCGCGGAGGAAAGCGGCGUUCCGGAAUGGACUUUGAUGAUGAAGAUGGUGAAGGUCCCAGUAAAUUUUCAAGAGAGAAUCAUAGCGAAAUUGAAAGGCGCAGGAGGAACAAGAUGACCCAAUACAUCACGGAGCUCUCGGACAUGGUCCCCACAUGCAGCGCCCUGGCCCGGAAGCCGGACAAGCUCACCAUUCUCCGCAUGGCUGUGUCGCACAUGAAGUCCAUGAGGGGCACCGGGAACAAGUCCACAGACGGCGCGUACAAGCCUUCCUUCCUCACGGAGCAGGAGCUGAAGCAUCUCAUCCUUGAAGCAGCUGAUGGAUUUCUGUUUGUAGUGGCGGCUGAGACAGGACGAGUGAUUUAUGUGUCUGACUCCGUCACCCCUGUUCUGAACCAGCCCCAGUCAGAGUGGUUUGGGAGUACUCUCUAUGAACAAGUACAUCCUGAUGAUGUGGAGAAGCUGAGAGAGCAGCUGUGCACCUCAGAAAACUCAAUGACAGGCCGGAUCUUGGACCUGAAGACUGGGACAGUCAAGAAAGAAGGGCAGCAGUCGUCCAUGAGGAUGUGCAUGGGCUCACGGAGGUCCUUCAUCUGCAGGAUGAGGUGUGGAAAUGCUCCUUUGGACCACCUUCCUCUAAACAGAAUAACCACCAUGAGGAAAAGGUUCAGGAAUGGCCUUGGCCCUGUGAAGGAAGGAGAAGCCCAAUAUGCUGUGGUCCACUGCACAGGGUACAUCAAGGCCUGGCCACCAGCAGGAAUGACUAUACCUGAAGAAGAUGCUGAUGUAGGACAAGGCAGUAAAUAUUGCCUUGUGGCAAUCGGGAGACUCCAGGUGACCAGCUCUCCCGUGUGCAUGGACAUGAAUGGGAUGUCGGUGCCCACAGAGUUUUUAUCCCGGCAUAACCCUGAUGGAAUCAUCACAUUUGUGGAUCCAAGAUGUAUCAGUGUGAUUGGCUACCAACCCCAGGAUCUUCUGGGAAAGGACAUUUUGGAAUUCUGCCACCCUGAGGAUCAGAGCCAUCUGCGUGAGAGCUUCCAGCAGGUGGUUAAGCUGAAAGGCCAAGUACUGUCGGUCAUGUAUCGAUUCCGCACCAAGAACCGCGAGUGGGUGUUGAUCCGCACCAGCAGCUUCACGUUCCAGAACCCCUAUUCUGAUGAGAUUGAGUACAUCAUCUGCACCAACACCAACGUCAAGCAACUUCAGCAACAGCAGGCAGAGUUGGAAGUGCACCAGAGAGAUGGCUUGUCAUCAUACGACUUAUCUCAGGUCCCUGUCCCCAACCUACCAGCUGGUGUUCACGAGACUGGGAAGUCUGUGGAGAAGGCAGAUACUAUCUUCUCCCAGGAAAGAGAUCCCCGCUUUGCUGAGAUGUUUGCAGGAAUCAGUGCAUCGGAGAAGAAGAUGAUGAGCUCAGCCUCUGCAGCAGGAAGCCAGCAGAUCUACCCUCAAGGAAGCCCAUUCCCCGCCGGACACUCGGGGAAGGCCUUCAGCUCUUCAGUGGUCCAUGUGCCUGGAGUGAACGAUAUUCAGUCCUCCUCUUCAACAGGCCAGAACAUGUCCCAAAUCUCCCGACAGCUGAACCAGAGUCAGGUGGCAUGGACAGGGAGUCGUCCACCCUUCCCAGGACAGCAAAUCCCAUCUCAGUCCAGCAAGACUCAGUCAUCUCCCUUUGGGAUCGGAACGAGCCACACCUACCCGGCAGACCCCUCUUCCUACAGUCCUCUCUCCAGCCCGGCUACAUCCUCACCAAGUGGGAAUGCCUACUCCAGUCUCGCCAACAGGACUCCAGGGUUCGCUGAAAGUGGACAAAGUAGCGGGCAGUUCCAGGGGCGGCCCUCGGAAGUCUGGUCGCAGUGGCAAAGCCAGCACCAUGGUCAGCAGAGCGGUGAGCAGCACUCCCACCAGCAGCCCGGUCAGACUGAAGUGUUCCAGGACAUGCUGCCCAUGCCAGGAGACCCAACCCAGGGGACUGGCAACUAUAACAUCGAAGACUUUGCCGACCUGGGCAUGUUUCCACCAUUUUCUGAAUAG